CCGAGCAGGCUGCGUUGCUGGAAGCUCCAGCAGGCGGAGCUCGCGGCUCGCCUCCGUCUCCCAGCCGGAAUCAGCAAGCGGGAGACGGAGCGCCCGGGUUUGUUUCGCUGGGAGCGGGCCUGGCUCUCUGGCCGCAUCCCGGACAGGCAGAGAUCCAAGGUGUGCUGGAGGGGGUAAGGAGACAGCCGGCCAGGUUACUUUUUCUCCAAAGAGUGGCAACAAGUCUUCAUGGCAUGAUUGCCAGUGGAUACUGGAUCUCUGUAAAGAAAAGACUUUAAGCAUAUUCACUUUGGCAGAUGCCAUGGGGGACCUCGGCCUGGGCCGGGAGUUUCACACCUGGCACCAGUUCAGCACAUUCUUCGACGACUGGUGCGAAAACCACAAAGUGCUCUUCAUCAUCGCCAGCCUGAAGCCACUGAUCUCACUGCGCCAGAACCCUCCGCACUAUCAGCCCAGCCUCGCCGAGACACUCCGCUUCCGUUUCGUGCGUCUCAUCUGCAAGCACAGCGGGACCUAUGUGGGGCAGAGCACGGUGCAACGAAACCGCCUCAGUGAGAAGAUUGACUGCCCAGCCUCCAUCACUCUGCGCCUGGGCCCCAAGAAGGACCGCUUGGUGGUGAUUGAGGCCAACCUGGAGCACAACCACCGCCUCUCGGAGCUGGAGUUUGCCCAUCACUUCAAGCGGCACCAGCUGAGGGCCAGCCUAGGGCUGCCAAUCCGCAUCACCAACAGCAUCUCCAAGCGCUUUCUGGCACCUGACCUUAUCUGGAACCUGGAGGACUACAGCAAAGCCAAAGACAAGGGCAUGUGCGACCUCCUGGCUGUUCUGGACGCUCUCUUCAAGGCAGAUCCAGGGGCCAAAGUCAAACUUGUCUUCCAGGAGGAUGUGGCUGUCCUCAACAGCAUCUUCCUGGCCACCUCACACAUGCGCAAGCUUGUGCAACAUUUCCCGGCUCGCCUCUUCCUGGAGCGCGCCGCCUGCCUUGAUGCGGACUUUGAGCUCUACACUGUGCUUUGCCAAGAUGCCAAUGGGCGCGGGCGUGAGGUGGCCUACUGCCUGGCACGCCAGGGGCUGCCCGACCUCCUUAUAUUCAUUGUGGCUUCGCUGGUGCAGAGUGCCCCGGACAUCAAGUUGAGGGUGAAGGUAGUCACAGUAGGGGCUGGGGUCACAGGGCUGGACGCGGUGGAGGAGAUCCUGCCAUGUGCCCGGGUGCAGAUCUGUCGCCUGCAGGUCUUGGAGGCCCUCUACCGCAGAGCUUGCGAGCUGGCUGUGCCGAAGGAGGACCGGAUCCGCAACCUGUUGCUCAACCUGGCGAAUGCUGACUCGCCGCGGGUCUACAGCCAGUACCUGAGCGACCUGGAAGAUGUCGCCCCGCUCUCCUUUUUGCAGUACUUCCUGGAGCACUGGCACCCUCACAAGGGCAUGUGGGUAGAGUGCUGGGCCUUUGAGAAGAACGGGGAAUGCUCCUUCCUCGACCACCUUAGCACUCACCGCCGUAAGCUGCUGACAGCACUCACCCCUCCUAUGGUGUUGGCCACCUGCGUUCAGGGCCUGCUAGAUCUCCAAGCCCUGCAUGUGGAGGCUUCGGCGUUCAACGUGGCACCUGUGGCUGAGCUGUACCACACAGCCUGCCUGCCCGACAGCGCUGAUCUGGUGGCCGAGGAACUGGACCUGGUGCCCCACGCGCACUAUGAGCUCAAGGACACGCCUGAGGGCUACCUCUUGGAGGGAAGCACCUGCUCUUUCCUGGUGAGCCAGGACCUGGCCACUUGCAGCUGUUCCAUCUACAUGGCUCACCAGCUGCCCUGCCGGCACAUCUUUGCCGCACGCCUUUGGGUUGGGGAGCCUCUCUUUGACCCCUGCCUGCUUCCCACCUCACCAGAUAGGCAUCAAGACUGCACAAGCCAGGAGGAAUGCUAGCUAUGUUACCCAAGUGCCGGUCCAUUAAAGUGGUAGAACACAGUCCCGGUGACCACUUCAGUAAUAGCCACUCUGGCACGAGGGAGAUGCACCUCUUUGGGUGGAAGUGAUCCAGCCUGGGGCACUAGACAGACUACUGACCAGCCGUCGCUGGACAGAAGUCCAGUACCCAGCCAUAUGCCCAAGGUUUGGAGGGUACUACGAAGCAUCACAUGAGCACUGCCACAUUCUAGGACCAAUACUAAUGGACCGAUCGUCUUAUUCAGUAGAAGGCAGUUUCCAGUGUUCCCAGGAUGCUAGUUCAUUAUGCAAGUCAAAGCACAGCUUAAAAAAGCCAAGUUCUGACCAUUUUCAGUGAGCAGAUCUGUGUACACACUGCCUUUAAAAACAUAUGUAAAGAUUGUGCACCAAGGUAGCUCAUUUUUUUGUGAGGAAAUCUAAAUUCUGUAUACAUGACUUUAUGCAAUUUGCAGCACAAUCCUGUGCAGAGUUACAUGAACCCAUCUACUGAAAAACAGGUGUGCCUAGUUUGGCCUAGUUAAGCAUAUUCUAAUUUUGUUAGUUAUAAGAGGAGGCAGAGAGCGGUUGAAGUCGCCGAAAGGCCAUCCACCAACCAACCAACAGCAGUCCUGCUCAACUCUCCCCUAGGCUUCUUAAUUCCCCCGCCUCAAAUAUGUCCACUGACUCCAGAACGUGGAUUUUAUGGCUUGUAUUAGUUCUCCUAGUAGCCAAAUGCACAGAGCCCUAGGAAUAAGCAAUGUAUCUAAAUGGAUGGAUGUAUACCAUGCUAUCUGACUAUCUGAUCUAAUAAAUUCACUCAUUUAUUUAUUCAUUCA